UUUUCAUCUGUCAAUUCUCCUCUCUCACCUGUCAUUUUAACGUCAAAUCAAAUGCAUUCAAAAUCCAAAAAUAAAAGUUGAAUUUAAAAUUUAUUCUAUUUUUACCCCAUCAAAUCACUUACGGUGUAAAUUUUACUUUUAAAUUAUUAAAAUUACAUAAUGAGAACUAUAACAAAGUCAAUCACAAUCCUAUUUGGGCUUUCGGCCUUUGGAUUGUCAAGCUAUUUAUUGUACCUUUUAUUAAAAAAAGACAAUGAUGAUGAGCUUUAUAACAACUAUGUCACUACCUCCAAAUUUAAGACCAUGGAGAUUAAAAUUCCUAAAGAUGUUGUUAGAAGCCUUAUUGGCAGAAAUGGAACUAAUAUCAAGCAAUUACAAGAGCAAUCAAAUACUAGGAUACAUUUUAAAGAGAAAGAAAACAGCAGUGAUAAAAUCUGUGUUAUUAAGGGAUCAGUAGACUGUUGUAAUAUUGCUUUUCAUUUAAUACAGGACUUCAUAGCAAAUCAGCCCAUUUUAGAAUCAGAUGAUCUAUGGGUUCCAUCUGGAUUUAUAAAGCAAAUUAUUGGGAGAGGUGGCACAAAAAUCAAUGAAAUCCGAAGUUUAUCAGGCGCCAAGUUGACAGUGGUGAAUGAUGAGAAAGGGUUAAAUUCUCAGAGGAUCACUAUUAAGGGCACAAGGGAACAAAUAAAUGUUGCAAGGUCUUUAGUGGAAGAGGUGGUAGAACAGUGCCAAAAUAGUCAGCAAAUUAUUGAAGAAAGUUUGGCAAAGCGGGAGCCAAGGCAUCCAACCAAGUCUCCUGAAAUGGUUAAAAAGAUUGAAAGUCCAAAAUGCGAGAGGAUGUCACCUAUUCCAGGACAACAAGACAGUCAAUUUGAAGUUUACGUCUCAGCAAUGGAAAGCCCUUCGAAAUUUUGGCUUCAAAUCGUCGGACCAAAAGCCACCCAGCUGGACUGUUUGGUAGACGAAAUGACCGAAUAUUAUGGCAAACCGGAAAACCGAAGUCAACAUACACUCGACGAUGUUAACGAAGGAGACUUGGUGGCCGCUAUUUUUAAAUACGAUAAUAAAUGGUAUAGAGCUGAAGUAUUGUCAACAAGUUUUAAUUCUGAAGAAAAAAUGGCUCUGCUGUAUUAUGUUGAUUAUGGAGAUACAGAUACUGUGGCAUGUAAAGAUUUGUAUGAAUUAAGGACAGAUUUACUGAGGCUUCAUUUUCAAGCUAUUGAAAGUUUUUUGGCUAGAGUUGAGCCAGUUGGAGAAUCUUGGACAGAGGAAGCCAUCGAUAAGUUUGAAGAGUUAGCGCAGGUAGCGCAAUGGAAGAAAUUGUCCGCACGAAUAAACGGUUAUGCGGUUAAAGAGAAAACCAGAGCUAGGAGGGAAGGAUCUCCGGUACCAGGUAUUGACCUGUAUAAUGUUUCAAACAACGAAGAUAUCGAUAUAGCGGAAGAAUUGGUAAAAGAAGGACACGCAGUGUUCAAACGAGGUUGCGAGUUGAGAUCGAACAGUCGGACAACGAGCACGAGCAACUUGAGUGUUAGAUCAGGAAGCUCUUAGCUGUCUAAAACCAACGAACUAUGAGAUCUAGCAGCUUUUUUUCAGUGAACGUGAUAACAUGUGGUAAGAACAACUAGGUUGUAUGUAUAUUGUAACAUAUAAGCCCAAAGUUGUUCAGGCAUGAGAACAUAUUAUAGAGUAAGUUAAUUCACUCUUUGUCGAAAUAA